AUAAACACACAGCCUCCUCACACUGUCACACAGAUCAAACGGAACUGUGAAAGUCAUGUCAACUAUUGACUGUAACUGAGUAAAGUAUCUUAUAUCACAACAGAGGAGUCUAGCUGAGCUAUCCUGUACUAUCCUGUACGCCAGAAGUGUGUGGACAAUAUCUACAGUAUGAUGCUGAUUAUCUAAGGAUCAGAGAAUAUAUAUUGGACAUGGAUUGGACCUUGUGGAUUUCCAUUCUUGCCCUCCUGAUCACCUCAGACUAUGUGUCAGGUAAAGACCUACUGAAGCCAGUCAAUCUGACGGUGGACAUAUGGGACGGGGAGGUGACGUUGCUCUGGGACCCCCCUGAAGGGGCCCCGCCACUGGCUCAGUACCAGGUGCAGAUGGCCAGGUAUGUCAAUAGUAAUUGGACCAACGUGACCAGCUGUGACAGGACCCAGCUGACAUAUUGUGACCUGUCCUACCUUAUCGGUGACUUCUUCAUGGUCUACAAGGUCCGGGUUCGACUGGUCACUGAGAACAGCAUCUCUGCAUGGUCACGGGGGAAGAGGUUCAACCCCAGAGAAAGUAAACUGCAGCAUCCCUCCAGUACACUGUUGGCCACCUCCAGUUCAGUAACAGUCAGUGUUCACAGGAAGCCAUUACUAAAAAAGAUCUUCCCAUUUGGCCUGACUUAUACUAUCUACCUACAGGGAAGAGGGCAGGACAACAAGACCGUUGUCAUUCAAUUGAAGGAUGAAGACGACGAGGAUAAGGCGGAGGUUCGGUUUACGUCUCUUCAUUGGGGGCAGGAGUACUGUGUCUGCCUCAAAGUUGCAGGCAACGGAGGACAAUUCACCAGUGAGGUCUCCCCUGAACAGUGCCUCCUGCUGCCAGAGCAAGAGUGGUAUAUCCUUGCUGUGGUGUCCUUCUCCACCCUAAGCGUGAUGGGGGUCCUGGUCAUGCUGGCCCUUUGCUGCUUCCUGAGGCGCCCUGAGAAAAUGCCUGUUGCACUGAAAUCCACAGGCAGUGGCUGGCAGCCUCUCUGUGUGGGAGAUGUCCCAGUGGAGAUCGUCACAGACAAAGGCUGGUUCAUGAGCACCGCCAGAACUGAUGCCAUGGUCUGGUUGGCCGACGAAAGGACUACUCUAGCAGGCAAGGGAGAGCAGGAAGAAGGAGAGGACAGAAGGACGAGUCUGGGCAGUGGGGAUUGCACUAAAUCACACAUUUCUGGGAAUGGAAACGGAAGGAGUCCGGAAAAGCAAGAAGACAGUGGCUGUGGAAGCCUGGGAGCACCAGAGAGUGCCAUCAGCAGCAGGAGUGGAACUGGAGAGCCCCCCCUGCUGGAUAGGAGGAUUAACAUAAACAUCAGCCUGAAAGAGGACAGUGGGGUGGGGCUGGGCUGCCAGUUAGGGUGUGCUGGGAGUCUACAGGGGGACGACUGUGGAAUCUUGCCUGGGAUGGUAAUGGUCACAGGGGAUGGCUACCGGAGCCAGAGUCCCUCUUCGGUGGACUCUCAUUUUACUGAGACAGAGCAGAGUUUUCAACAAAUCUCAUGCGAAACAAUUAUGGCUGAUCCUGUUUUGGGAUACAGGUCAGGUCACAUGGCAUGUGUUUGUUUAGGGGCAAGCCAAUGUGUUUGGUGCCAGACAAGAAGACACUGUGAGGGGAGUGUCGGUGGACAGUCUGUAGCCCUGUUUAGUUUGUCAGUGGAGCAGCUAAACUGCAGCAGUCUCACAGGAGACAUGUGUGAGAUGGAAUCUCCGUGCUCCAGCUAUAAAACGAACAAUCUCCACAUAGAAACGGUGGUGAACUUGGAGGACUCAGUAACCUUUUCCCACCUGCCUACAUGCAUCGGUGAAUCCUUUCCACUCCUGACGGCUUUAUCAGAGUUGCCCCCGGUGGAGGGAGGACUGAACUGCAGUGUGAACACUAUGCUUCCUUCUCUGGGUGAUUUGGAAGUGACAUUUGGUUGACAUGGUCCACAAACAAAAAGGACAAAAAAGGACACUGUGUGACACACAGAAGAGUUGGUUUAGCAAUGCAGAUUGUGGGGAGUCAGGCAAUAUGUCUACAAGCCCUUUGUAUGCCAUUUCAAGUAAACACUCCUUUUCCUAACUGAAAAAAGAAAUCAGCAACCAUAAUUCUAAUUGUAGCUAUUUAAAUAUUUUUGGAGCCUUUUUUGUUACCUUUUGUGAAUAAAUUACCAUGUUUCUUCACUUUAGUUAACUCCGAGGAGUCACUUAAAGCAAUCACUGACAUUGUCAACUGUUAUUGACAAAGUUCUGUGAGGCAGAAAGAAAACUCUGGUUGAGCUUAUUUUCAAAACAGCACACAGCUGUUGGCUGCCGCUACUUGGUGGGUCUUUAGAGAUUUGAGCAGGAGAUGGGAAACCCCCCUUCUGACACCCCUUCACCCAUUUCAACUGACAAGAAGCAUUUCACCAGAAGUGAAACAAGUGUGGGAGGAAAAAGGAGGGAAACGGUUUUGACUCGGCAGAUGGGGCGACAGGGUGGAUUAUAACAGCAUGGCAAAGGUCAUCAUCAUAAAGGAUUCUACAAGCUCUCUGCGACAACAAGUUUUAUAAGUUAUAAUGUUGAGAUAUUUAUCAAUGUUGGUCAGACUCAUCUGGUGAGUUUUCCACAGAAAAUGCUCACAUUUGACCACAUAACCCCCAGUAUAGGUAGCUACAGCGUUGAAAAGGAGAGCCAACACUGCGUGCACCACAACCCGAGAGAUCAUUUGAUCAAUUUACAAAGAAAACAACCAUAUCUCUUUCUAUCGUGAGGUUUAUAGGUCAAUUAUUACUAAUAACUGCAGCUACUGAAAGUCAACCAGAAUGUCGUUUGGAUCUAGUCCGCUGACGAUAGCUGUGAAAAUGUUUUAACUGACUACCCCAUAUGUGACUGGGUUUUCCUAUAUUUACUGGCCUUUGGACUUCCCAAUCCUGUGUUCAUUACAGGUUCUACAUAUUUACACAAAUAAUGUAUUUAUGAACUGUGUUCAUCUGAA